AUGCCAAAAGCCCAGUCCACAUUGCAGGCCCAUCAAUAUUUACUGUACCAACGAGUCCCUGCCAAAUUCAAUCCUGACAAAAUUCUAGACGUCCCACUUUCACAUCCAGCACGACUCGACUCCGCUAACAGCUUCACUAUCGAUGUUGACGGCACAAACGACGGCGAUUUGCUCGAGGUAGCAUUUAUUCACAACCGCCAAACCAAACCUAACCUUCGACCACCGACCACCGUACUCGCUCGUUUGUCGGUUUUCCAGUCAACAUUCCCACCAACUUGUAAGCUGCACCCUCUUCUACCCUCCUCAUCACCCCAAUGCGAAUCACGGCGUGAAUCGAAGAUGGGGAAAUCGGUUCCCACCUUUGUGGCACCGUACAAUUGGAUUUCGAAGGGAAAGUGCAUCAAAUUCGACAUCUACCGCGAAGUCCAACGACGCACCCAGAAACGCGGUAAAGAGAAAGCUUGGGCGAAGGCUCUCCAGCGCAUCGUGGACCACGACUACACCAUCCCAGACCAAUACGCACACCAGAGUUGGGCGCGCCAGCUGUACUUCGUCCGACUACUCAACAAAGAUUACGAUUUUGAUGACGACGUGUUGACUCUCCUGGGCCACAUACUACACCAGGCGCUGGAUAUCGAACGCGACUGUGCACGCGAUCUGAAAAAUCCCAAGAACGCACACAGAUUGGUCUUCUUUACUAAUUACCGUGUCUUGCAGGUUUAUUGUUGUCACAAUACCUCUGAACUAAAACAAGUUGAAGCUCUUUGCACCACAUCCAACGAUUUCCGUUUCCCUCCCAACAACCCUGACUAUCGAGGUAAAAAAUACCACGAGUGCACCGAAAAGCUCUUCUUCCAAGUCAAUCCAUACCUCGCUUGGGAGUGUGCUUUCCCUGAGGGAAUAGACAUGGAAGCACUGUCACCCCGGGAUGCGAACGCGCAUCUCCGUAAACCACAACCCGCAAAACUGAAGCCCCCAGUAGCAAAGGCGGGGAAGGAGAAGGACCACCCCCCUCCUCCUCCAGCCGACGUUAUUGAACCACCAUCGUUUGAUCGAAAACAUGGAGCUACAUAUAGAAGUGGUGAUCUGCUCGGCAGAGGGGGUUUUGCCAUUUGUUACAAGGCCCGUUUGGCUGGUACCCGGCAGGUGUUUGCCUUGAAGAUUGUCAAAAGCAAGAUGCAACAAAAGAAGAUGGAGCAAAAGGCAAAUUGGUCUGACCUCAAUUCCAAGUAUUUCGCUGACUGUUGUGAAGUUUCAAACCGAACUUCAAAUCCAUUCAAAAAUGAGGCACCCAAAUAUUGUUCGAUUCCACCGAGCCUUUGCUUACGAACAAUGUACAUACCUGGUUUUAGAACUAUGUCCCAAUGGAUCAUUGAUGGAUAUGGUCAAGAAGCGAAAAUUCAUCACUGAGCCCGAAGUUCGAUUUUGGACGGUCCAAAUGGCUGGAGCUAUAAAAUACAUGCACGAUAAAGGAAUCAUACAUCGGGAUUUGAAGAUGGGAAAUGUAUUCCUAGACAAGGAUAUGAAUGUCAAGGUUGGAGAUUUCGGCCUAGCUGCACUUCUCAUGUCUGGUAAGGAUUGGAGUAACUGUAGGCGUACAACGCUAUGUGGAACACCAAACUACAUUGCUCCAGAAAUUCUUUCAAAGGACAAGCAAGGACACGACCAUGCUGUAGAUAUUUGGAGUCUUGGGAUUAUCAUGUUGGUCUUCUUUCCCGCAUUAAGCAUGAUUUCUGCUAACCAAUAUAGCUUUGCUAUGCUCACAGGAAAACCACCUUUCCAGUCCUCAACAGCUGAUGAAAUUUACCGACGCGCUCGAGAACUCCAAUAUGACUGGCCAAAAUUAAAUACUUCCGAGAACUUGAUUUCACCCGAGACGAAAGAUUUGGUAGCUGAGUUACUUCAACCCGCUGAAUUGAGACCUGGUCCGGAUGCAAUUGUCCAACACCCAUUCUUCACCUGUGGAUGGUUUCCCCAGUCCGAGGAAAUGACCACUGAUCUUUGCUACAAAGGCCCGGGUGGUGAUCAAUUUGUCUCUGUUGGCCUGAAGUCUGGCAGAUUCAAGCUAUAUGAACGGAAUUUGAAGAAGUUGUGCAAGGAAUGUGGGGUAGGACCUUGGGACACUGCAAAGAAACGCGUAACAAGCACAUAUCGGGAGGUGGCUGCAGAAGAAAAAGCUGGACUUACUCCACAGGUUCCACUUCCCAACGGAAUUGUGUAUCGACCAUUCGACGAGUGGUUGGCAUCACAACAAAAGAUUACCGAGGAUUUGGAAGAAGACGACGAUGAGACAACCGAUGGUCUUGAUAUGGUGGCACCACCAGCUCUCAAAACCAAUAUACCGACCGCGAUUCCAACUGCCCGACCUCCUACUCAAAGUUUCGCUGCACAGCAACGGGCACGCCCUGGAUUGACACAAUUGCCUACUCGAGGUAUCAAGGCACGCCAACCCGCUGCAGAAAACUCGAAGCCAAUUUCAUCAUCCUCUUCGCGACCAAUACUCAAUAUAUCCGCCCGACUCGCCAAAGCUAAAAAGGCUGAGCCAAAGUUCACUGAAGAUGUUGUUCAAGUGGAGGAUCGAUUAGCUGCGGAUUUGGCACAACAUUUGACUCCCACCAAGCCUGAGAAUAAGCCCGACACAGAAACAAUGACCAUGUCUUUUGACAAACCUACAUCUAUCUUCAGCCCACGCGAAAAGCUUGAGAUCGUACCAAAUACCAAGCCGGAUGAUGUCCUGGCUGGUCUUCGUCGUCUUCAAAAUGAAUUAGAAAGAGCACUCAACAGCAGAACUAUGGCAGUGGAGUCAAAGUCCGCACGAACAAUUCCACAUAUUGUUGUCAAAUGGGUAGACUAUACAAACAAGUUCGGCCUUGGUUACGUCUUGAAUAAUGGGACUGUUGGGUGUAUCUUCAAAUCGACAGAAGAAACUCUUCCAGAUUCAAGUAAGGGUGUUUUACAACCAAAUUGUCUGGUAGUCCGCGAUGCCGAGCGUCACCUACAAAAUAGAGGAAAUGAGAAAUACCCAGAUCGCAUGCAAAUGGUGCCAGUAUCAGGCCAUGAUAUCGAAUUUUACGAGGAUAAGGGUCAAGCUGGCCUCGCUUGUUGCAAGAUUCCUCCCCAGACCUUCAAGACCUCCACUGGUAAGUUGCCAAGAGUGGGAGAGGAGUUUGAAGAUCGAAAGCGAGAGAAGCUUGUUCUUUGGCGAAAAUUUGGGAACUAUAUGACUGCUUUUGGGAGAGACGUAGACUACCCUUACGAUGACACACUGCAACGAAUCCAACCCAAAAAGGAUGAUGAGGAUGCUUCUGGUAAUGUAAUCACAUUUUACGAACGUUGGGGUGAUGUAGGCUGUUGGGGUUUCUGCGAUGGCCACUUUCAAGUAAGUUACACAAGUGUUGGAUCUUCACUCACUUUACUGAUGAUUCUUAGUUCAACUUUCCAGAUCACACAAAGAUAGUCGUUUCGAAAGAUGGGACUUGGUGUGACCUCUAUCAUUUACCAAUGGACGCCGCUCGAGAUCUCCGUGAGCGGGGAACUUUGACAACUGCAGCACUCGAUGAUCGACAACAUUUAUCCUACCCGCUUCAAACUCUCCUAAACUUCAUGAGCAAGCCUUCAAAGAAUACUUCUCGAAGACGCCCCGAAAUUGAUCCAAUGAUGCAAGGCAUUCCUGAAGCCAAUCAAUUCCGCAAGAAGAUUGAGUUCAUCAAGGAUGUGAUCAAAGAGUGGGUGACGAAUGGUGGACUUGGAUGCAGCAACUUCAAUUAUGAGCAUCGUCUACGAUGGACAGGACAUAGAGAGUUGGUCAAUGUCAAAAUUCCCUACAAGCACGUCUGGGUCACUGUUGGAGCGAGGGGUGGCGACGACCGCAAAGUGGCAUGGUUCGACCCUAAUGCGCCAGCUGAGAAAGUGCCAGACAUCGAAUAAACUCAAAGUUCAGUUUUCGCUACCUAAUAAUUCGCUCUCUUCGAAUCUCGAAAAGGUUCGACAGGUCUUUUUCAUCACUUUUCCCCAAAAGAAAAUAAUGAUGUUACAUUUUUUGCCGCCAACGGUUUUAUGGCGCCGUUCUGUUCUGGUGUUGGUGGGAAAUUGCUUGAAGUACAUUUUUGCUUCUCAAAGCGUGCAUAGCGGUUAUGCGUAUGGAGCUCUGGCGUUAACAUUGUUAUUUUUCAUGUGUGUAUCUUCUCUUGCUCUCUUUUUUGGUCGUCUUGCUGUGGUUGAAUGGGAUGACUGCAUGAUUUUCCUUUUUCUUCUUCUUGAUCAUUCCGUUCUACGGUAUGGCAGAGUUCUUUCUUGGAGGCCUGGCGAGGGCGAGAAAGAAACAGAAAUAGUCCGUUACAGUACAAUACCCUUUUCAUGGCUGAGAAUUCAUUGCCCCUCCCACGACGUUUUUGUGCGUGAGUGUACAUAGCUUUAUGAAGACAUAUUUUUUUGCUUUUCCUCGGAGAAGAGAGGAGGGGAUGGAUGGCUUUAUUAGCUUGCUUAUUUGGCUUUGAUGGUGUGGUGUGGCACUGUGGUCUUAUAUAUUCGAGAAUCAAGA